GCUGCAGUUAGGUGUAGCAUGGUGUAGCGUAGGAAGAGUCCUUGGGCGGUACGGUAGCCUCUUCUAGGCUUGCAGUUUCGCUAAACUUGUCGAUUUACUUCUCUUUACUAUUACCGUGUCAUCACUUGUAUCCCCGAGCAGAAAGACUACACUAACUCUACGAUGAGUUUCUUUGCGAAAUUUUUUGGUGGCGGGAAAGGUGGCGAGAAAGCACCUUCGCCAGGCGAGGCGAUUCAAAGAUUGCGCGAGAUCGAAGAAAUGCUUAAUAAGAAGCAGGAUUUUCUUGAGUCGAAAGUCAAGUUAGAACUAGAAGCUGCCAAAAAGCAUGGAACGAAGAAUAAGCGAGCUGCCCUUGCUGCUCUGAAGCGGAAGCGUAGGUAUGAAAAGCAGCUUGCCCAGAUUGAUGGCACUCUCACCACCAUUGAGUAUCAGCGAGAGGCACUUGAAAAUGCCAACACCAACACAGAAGUUCUCAAGAUUAUGUCCCUUGCUGCAAAGGCUCUCAAGAAUGCCCAUGAAAACAUGGAUGUUGACAAGGUGCAUGACCUUAUGGAUGAAGUACAAGAACAGCAGGAGAUUGCCAAUGAGAUUUCAGAAGCCAUAUCUAAUCCUGUUGCAUUUGGCACAGACGUCGAUGAGGAUGAACUGCUUGAGGAAUUAGAGACCCUAGAGCAACAGGAACUUGAUCAGAAACUUAUUGAUGUGGCCGGACCAGCAGCUGAGGACCUUCCUGAGGUGCCUACUGCAGAACCCACCAAAGCUCCUGCAGCCCCAUCCAAGGCAGCAAAAGUGCAUGAAGAAGAUCCCGACAUGAUGGAACUUGCUAAGUGGGCUUCUUGAACAAAUGACUGCUUUUCACAUUGCCUGUUUCUUGAUGCUUGCAGGCAGCACUUUCAUUUCAAUGUGUGCCACGAGGUAUGGACAAGAUACAUUUUGAAACAAGGCAUAUUCAAGUAACAUGUGCAGUUGCAUACCGCUGCUGACAUCACAAUCAAGAGUAAUAUACCUUGUCCCUGGCAACUUCCACUGGAAUGAUUCAGUCACUUUUGUUUGUUGAUUAGCUGCAAGAGUUGAGCCAGAGGAAAGCUUAUCUGCAUGAUGUCAAGACAAAAGCUGAUUGCUAUCUAAAAAUGCUGCCUUGCUGUACUUGCACAAGAAUAGGACUUUGCAUGGUAGGGUUUUUUUUUAAAAUCAUGUACAUACAAUUUUCAGUUAAUAAAUACAGGUUUUUAACCGUGGUUCCAACUUGAGCGGAACUUUGGUUUGCUUGAAUAAACUUGGACAUUUCUGGGAACA